CAUUUUUAACCCCACUCUCUCCUUCGUAUCAUACUAUAUUAGUACUACGAGUACCCACCUCUCUCUUUCACCUAACCCUUCUCCACUCUCUCCCUCCCCCUCAUUGAUAAAAUGUCAGUCAACCAUUACACCACAGACCACCACCACCAACAGACUCUCUUCUGGCAGCACCUCCACACCACCGACGCAUCGGAGCCAACCACAUGGCUCAGUGAAGACCAGAAAGAGUCUCUCUUCGAGAAAUCUCUCACACCAAGCGACGUAGGCAAACUAAACCGUCUCGUUAUACCAAAGCAGCACGCGGAGAAGUACUUCCCUCUGAACACCACCAUCUCCAGUAAUGCCGACACGUCGUCCUCGGACAAAGGGAUGCUUCUAAGCUUCGAAGACGAGUCGGGCAAGUGGUGGAGGUUCAGAUACUCUUACUGGAACAGCAGUCAAAGCUACGUGUUGACUAAAGGAUGGAGCAGAUACGUCAAAGACAAACAGCUCGACCCUGGCGACGUUGUUUUCUUCCAACGUCAACGUUCUGAUUACCGGAGACUCUUCAUUGGGUGGCGCAGACGCGGCCAAGGCUCCUCCUCUGCCUUGAAUACGACGUCGUAUUCUAGUUCCAUGGCAGCUCCUUCUUAUCUCCAAAUUAAUGCCUCAAGUAACAUGGCACCUCACUCAGAGUAUUCCCACUAUGGCACCGCCGUAACAACAGCUAUGGAGACUCACUCCAUACCAUCGUCUUCCGCCGUGGGGAGCUCGAGGACGGUGAGGCUUUUCGGUGUGAACUUGGAGUGUCAAAAGGAUGAAGAAGACGGAGAUGAUUCGGUUGCCACGGCAGCCGUCGCUGAGUGUCCUUAUCAUGACAGCUACUACGGCCAAAACAUGUACAAUUAUUACACUCAGCCUCAUAACAUGAAUAUAGGUUUCAUGGGGGAUACGAUGAAGCAGCCUGGAGAUAGACGAGGAUGAAAGAUCCAAAGACGUGACAAGAAAUGACUAAAAGCGCUUUAUGAGAGCCAGACUUUGAACAUUCUAUAUUAGCUAAUUCUCUGGAAAAUUUGUGCGCAAUUUUAAUAAAGAAAUGAUCUCAUUGGCUUCCGUACUGUAUGUAGAUAUAUUUGGAAAAAAAUAAAUAAAUUAGAAAGGAGAAAACAGAUCGCUGAA